AUGGCACGGCAUGAUGAUGGCGCAGAUGAAUAUAAUAAACUUGAAGCUAUGGAAGUAAUCAAGAAGUAUCAGAAAAGAAAUGACAUUGCACAUAAUAAUAAACUAUCAUUGUGCUGUUCCUUAGCAAUUGCUCAUUUAUCCACUCCUGAGCAACUCAAACAUGACCAAAAAGAUAUGAAUGUCGUUCUUAAUCAAUUACUGCAAUUAACUAUGGAAGCUGCAACUAAGGAAGAUUUUACAUGUAAAGGUGUUCUUUACCAUGUCUCACAUCUAGUAGCUGUCUUAGCAAAACUGUUUGUUGUUGAUGAACGAACAGUUGACUAUGUCAUGGCACAUGCCGAAACAGAACCACCAUCCAAUAUGUUUUCUACCUUUAAGCUAUUUGCCGAUCUUCUCAUCGCUUUCAGCAGUUUAAUCACUAGUACGGAUCCACUCAAUCAAUUCGCGUGUAUCGCUCUAUACAAUAUCAUUUGGAGUAUCUCAUUUCAGUCAGAAUAUCAAGAAGAAUUAAAGCGAAACAUUCAACUAAUAGAUACUGUUAAGAAACUCGCCAUGGAUGAACGCAGUCAGAUGUGUGAUCAAUACAAACCUCGAGCUCUGCAGAGUAUAAAGAAAGCAGCUGACGGUAUUUUGUACAAUCUACAUGUAGACACAAAGCUUCAUACGAGCAAAUCAAAGAGAGCACCAAUUCAUCGUUCACGAUCUUCAGAACAAAAAGAUAUCAACGGAGAGGAUAUGUAUGUAUAA